GAAGGGCUGCACGCCGCGAGCGGGCUCAGAGCGCGGGGCGGGCGGGCGGCAGUGCGACUCAGCCGCCGGAGCGGGCAGGGCCGAGCGGCAGCGCGGAGCCGGGAGUACUCGCGGCGGCGGCGGCAGGAGCGGCGCGGCCCGGCCCGGCGGCGGCACAGCGCGGCGAGGCGGCCCGGGAAGCACAGCGAGGCCCGGCGGGCCCGGCCCGCGCCGGGAGGAGCGGCGGCGUCCCGGCGAGAAGUAAGAGCUCCGCGCACUCCUUCCUCCAACCCGCGCGGCCGGGAGCGGUGUGGGGCGGCGGCCGGGACGCUCCAGCGCGCUGCCGCGGCUCCCGGCGCCACUCCGCGGGCUCUGUUCUAUGAGUGCAAAGAUGGAGCCUACUUUCUACGAGGAUGCCCUGAACGCCAGCUUCGCGCCGCCGGAGAGCGGCGGCUAUGGAUAUAAUAACGCCAAGGUGCUGAAGCAGAGCAUGACGCUGAACCUGUCCGACCCGGCCAGCAGCCUGAAGCCGCACCUGAGGAACAAGAACGCCGACAUCCUCACCUCCCCCGACGUGGGGCUGCUGAAGCUGGCCUCCCCGGAGCUGGAGCGGCUCAUCAUCCAGUCCAGCAACGGGUUAAUCACCACCACGCCGACCCCGACGCAGUUCCUCUGCCCCAAGAACGUUACCGACGAGCAAGAGGGGUUUGCCGAAGGCUUUGUGAGAGCGCUGGCGGAACUGCACAACCAGAACACGCUGCCCAGCGUCACCUCAGCCGCACAACCUGUUAGCGGCGGCAUGGCACCUGUGUCCUCCAUGGCCGGCGGCGGCAGCUUCAACACGAGUUUGCACAGCGAGCCCCCGGUGUAUGCCAAUCUCAGCAACUUCAACCCCAACGCGCUCAACUCCGCACCCAACUACAACGCCAACGGCAUGGGCUACGCGCCGCAGCAUCACAUAAACCCCCAGAUGCCCGUGCAGCAUCCCAGGCUUCAGGCUCUGAAAGAAGAGCCUCAGACUGUACCUGAAAUGCCGGGGGAAACCCCUCCCCUGUCCCCUAUUGACAUGGAGUCGCAGGAGAGAAUCAAAGCCGAGAGAAAACGCAUGAGAAACAGAAUUGCGGCGUCCAAAUGCCGGAAAAGGAAGUUGGAAAGGAUUGCCAGGUUGGAAGAAAAAGUGAAAACUUUGAAAGCCCAGAACUCAGAGCUGGCAUCCACGGCCAACAUGCUCAGAGAACAGGUUGCACAGCUUAAGCAGAAGGUCAUGAACCAUGUCAACAGCGGGUGCCAGCUAAUGCUAACACAACAGUUGCAAACGUUUUGAAGAGACGGACUUAAAUAGGAACUGUGAUGUUGUGGUAUAACCAAACAACAAACCAAAAGCGGCGGACGCGUAAAGCUGACGGUAGAAGCUGAGAGGCUGAGUCCUGCCUGCGUGCUGCAAAGCGCAUGUGUGGAAAGACUGGCGAGCCUUCAGCUUGAGUUGGUGAAGCAGCCAGCACCGCUCCGAGGAGGGCUGUUCCUGCUCCGAUGAGGCGUCAGAUCUUCGUUUAACAUUGACCAAGACCUGCAUGGACCUAACAUUCGAUGAUCAUUCAGUAUUAAAGGUUAAACUGCAAUAGAAACUGUAGAUUGCUUUAUGUAGUAUUCCUUAAGAAAAAAAAAAAAGCGGGAGGGAGGUUUGUGGGAGGCUGAUAAAGAAACAAGAACUGUUCUGCCUGCCUUCAGUAAAUGGUGUAUGUACAUAUCCUUUUUUUAUUUUAUUUUAUGAAAGUUGAUUAAUGUCAAUAAACUACUUCAUGACUUUGUAAGUUAUUUUUAUGUUGUUUAUUUGGGUACUGCCCAGUAUUGUUUGUAAAUAAGAGGCUUUUUUUUAGCACUCUGAGUUUACCAUUUGUAAUAAAGUAUAAUUUUUUUAAUGUUUCUGUUUCUGGAAAAAAAAUCUAGAAGGUUCUAUUAUAUUUAAGAAAAAUAAAAUACUUAAAAUGCA